AUGUUUACGUACAAUUGCAACAGAUACGGAUGGUUCACAAAACCACUCAUCCCAAGAUCGACGGAUCCAAGACUUUAUUUUCCGUUGAAACAUUGCUCAAAAAAUUCAGCAUUUUCGGUUCUUUUCAAGGUCACGUGCCCAGGUGUCUGGUUAUGCCCCAAUGGGAAAGUCGGAUUGCGUAUUAACACGCUCAACUCGAAAAUCGAAUCCCGUCAAUUGAACCCAGCAUUUCCUCUGCUGUACCACGAUAAAUUUAGGUUUAAAAAAUUGUUCACCGGGGUGGGUACUCUGGCUGAAUUGCAAAGCAGCUUGGAGGACGAAUAUCUCUACACAGAGCUCGUUCAAUGGUCAUCAUCAAAAGGGAACUCAGUCGUUCUCGCCACUUUUGAAACUAAUCUCGCAGAUUUGCUUUAUCCGCCGUCAUGCUCCAAAGGACUGCUCACCGGUAGCGAGGUCGACUUGCUCAUGGAACCAACCAAGUAUUUUCCGGGAAUUCUUGCUCCAAAGAUUGAAGUUUCGACGCGAACGACCAUUGAAGAGGUAAUAGGAGUGUUCGAGAAAACGAAUUCCAGGGCUCAAGUAAUAAACCCAAAAAUGAUAAACUCAAAGAAUGGAACCUGUGUCCACAGGAAAAGACCAUCCAAGGGUAUAAUAAGACAACGUAAAGUUUGUCAUACCCAAGGAAAAGUACACGAAAACCGAGCGUUGCGACAAAUGUACGUGAACCCAGAAGGGGCGAGUUCGACACCUUCGAGCGCGUCGAACAACUUGUCUCCGUUGCAUAUCGCUCGCUAUUGUCACAAAUCAAAAGGCACUUGUAAUUCUACAAGCCGUGGAGUGUCACCAUUUCGUAAAAAAUCACACAUCCUCGAUAAUUGUGCAGUUUGCUCCAAGUACAAGUGUUAUUUUUCGCACCACGAUCAUUGUGAAGGAGCUAAAUCGACGAAUAACGUGGGCGAGAAUAGCAUGGAAAAUUUCCACAACAUGUAUGACUCGUCCAAAUGUUUGCGACACUCUUGCAUCGAACAAGAACGUGGACACGAAGAAAUAAGACCGAGGAGUGCACCUCACGAUGCUCCAGCGUAUAUCACUCCAUCGUCGUCGAUAUUGAGACCAAAGUCGAGAGAAUUUCAAGGACAAGGUAUCAAAUCGAAUUACGUAGGUGGAGACUGUACCCGGUUCGUGGACUAUUUCGACUGUGAGAAGGAACAGGGAAGGCAAGGUUUCUACAAAAAUUUGGAAAAAUUUUAUAAACGAAUGUACAAGCAAGCGAAAAUUCGUGCUCAAGAAGUCAACUGUUCGUAAUGAAAUAUAAAAAAAUUAUAUUUCAA